AUGGCAGCCGACCUCUCCACCCCUCCCGUUCUCUCAACCCCCGACGAGCUUAUCCUCGACGUCCCCGCCGCCGCCCAAGAAAAGUCCACCCUCUCCGAAGAUGCCAUCUACUCUGUUUACGAGAUCCCGCGAACCGUGUCCGAACUGCGACAAGGCGCCUGGAAGCGCGUCGCUCUCCAGUUUGCAGACUCCAUGCUUGUCGACGCGCCCCGCGUGUCCGAAGCCUUGACCCGCGAGCUUUCCGCUGGCGCAGACGGUGUCGCAGCUGUCCCCCCGAGAAUAUAUAUCCUUGCCGAUACGAGCUACAGCGCAUGCUGUGUGGACGAAGUGGCUGCAGAGCAUGCAGACGCUGAAGUGGUUGUGCAUUAUGGUCGGGCUUGCCUAAGUCCUACAAGCAGACUGCCCGUCAUCUACGUUUACACCAGCCGGGAGCUGGAACUAGACUCGGCGGUCGAGAGCUUCGUCAAGGAAUUCCCAGCGGUCGACACCAAGGCUGUCAUCAUGGCAGACCUCACAUAUCAGCAAAACGUAGAACCGCUACUAGCGCGGAUACGAGAAAAGGGCUAUUCAAACGUGCUGGGCACCGAGGUGGUGAGAGACCCGGCAGGCAUCAUCCCGAACCGACGGAUAGCCACAGGCUCCGACGCCGACCUGGACAGUGAAACCCUGAAAGAACACUCCCUCUUCCACAUCUCUGACCCUCCCUCAUCUCUCCUCCUCGCCCUCUUACCACGCUUCGCCUCCCUCCACGUCCUCCCAGCUCCCUCAACCACCGUCGAGAAUCCCACGAUGCGGACAGCAGGUCUGCUCCGCCGUCGAUUCGCCCGUGUCCUGUCUCUCGCAUCUGCGGGCGUGAUUGGGAUUCUCGUCAACACGCUCUCAGUCGCCAAUUCGCUUGCGUCGAUUGAUCUGCUGCGCAAGCGCAUCGCCGACGCGGGCAAGAAGAGCUAUACCGUCGUCGUGGGGCGACUCAACCCAGCCAAGCUGGCCAACUUCUCUGAGAUUGAGGGUUGGGUGGUUGUUGGCUGCUGGGAGGGCGGGUUGAUCGGCGAGGACCAGGAAAGCGGGUACUGGAAACCUGUCAUCACUCCGUUCGAGAUGGAAGUCGCGCUGAUGAAGGAGGAGGAGAGGAUAUGGGGUGGUGAAUGGUGGGGAGGUAUCGAGCGGCUUAAACUUGACGAGCCAGAGACGACAAAUGGUGCAGUAAACGGCGAGAGCCAGGCACAAGACAACGAGAGCAAGGAGACCAAUGGCGCGAGUAUAGAAGUUGACCAGGGCAUUGAGGAAGACGGCGUGGAGGGAGAGGAGUCGAUGCCACCUGAGUACGACCUCCGAACAGGCAGGCUAGUCAGCCACAGCCGCCCUAUGCGGUUGGCAGUCCACAGCGCCAAGGCAAACAAGACGAGCGAGGGGGGGUCUUCAUCCGCGGCUCUGGUCAAACGAGCAGCUCCUGGAGAGCUGGCGAGCAUCAAUGGAGUGGCAAGUCCUGGUGCCGAGUAUCUACGCUCCCAGAGAACAUGGCAGGGCCUGGGCAGCGACUUUGCAGAAAAUCAAGAAGCGAGCACUGUGAUCGAGGAGGGCCUCAGUGGUAUCGCAAGAGGAUACCGUGUAGGCGAGGAGGUAGGGAGGCAUUAA